AUGAAGUGCCACAAAAGUGUACUUAUGACUCUGAUAAUGACUUUAGUUCUUGUUUUAAAUGUGUACGGAGCUGAAUUGAAGAUCAAGGAAGAAAUGCGAGCAAUGGCUGAACAGAUAGAAAUACUGAAAACUUUGCACGCAACCGAUGUAGCACGUCUGAAAAAAGAAGUCGAAGAAUUAAAGCAACACACUACCGCUCACGUGACGAACAACUACGCGCGUAACGAACAGACCACUCUGCAAUGGGCCAAGACCUCUAUGAACGAACUACGUCUCGAGAUGAGGGAGCUCAGCGAGAGUGUCAACAACUCCGCGCUCUUGCGACAACUUCACGUCAUUCGGAAUGAGUUGAAACAAGCUCUAAUGGAGACUACAGACUUGGCGCAGCUGGCACGCACUCAAGAGACCAGGGUCGACAAGUUGGACAACGAGGUCGGCAGACUGAAGCAUGACGGGCAGCAGAUGAGGGGCAUGAUCGCAGAGCUCAGGGUGCACUUCGGCAAGAUGAAUAAGGAAAUAAAAAGCAUGCAAAUGUACGACUCGUCGAACGACAGCUACAACGACGUGCUGCUGGAGAGCCGCCGUGGAGAGCCUCGGGGCGAGCACCACAAGUAUCGGCACAACAAAAUGGUUCACUCGCAGAUAUCCCGUCUGUCACGCACUCAAGACCAGCUCGACGAAUUCCAGCAGAACUUGCAAACCCAAAUCCUCGAUGUACAGAGGCGCAUGGACCGCUACGAAGAGCCCAACUGGAACCUCAUCUCGGCUAAAGUUGACUUCUUGGAAUUAGAGACCAAAGUCAUAAGGACCGAACUAAAGAACACCACCCAGAAAGUCUCCGAUUUCGACAAGAUUCACGCUUCGAUGUUGGAGCUCCGCGAAGACGUAGAGAGCAUUGAGAACAAAGCGGACAAAACUAUCCCCGAGUUCCGCAAAGAGAUCUCCAAGCUGGACAUAAAUUUUGCUCAAUUAAACGCUCAGUCCUCGUACCUGAAGGAAGAUCAGGAGAAUCUCCGCCAGUCCGUGAAAGCCAUCGCAGUCAGUGUCAGCAACACCAUCGACCGCGCGGAAAUAGACCGACUCGCCAUGAAGAGGAUCAACGACACCGUGACAGACCUGGAAGCCCGAUCCAAGCAGCACUACUACAGGCUCAACGAUCAUAUUCUGAAGAGCGAAGCUGCCAACAAGGAGUUCAAUGAAACUGAAACGAUCCCCUUGCCAGAGUUGAUGGGUGAGGUUAAGGAGUUGCAACCGGUACAGCAGGAAUACGAAGACCUGGUUCGUCAGCUGCCACGUGACUGCUCCACCGUGGUCGGCCCUCCUGGCAACUACCUCAUCCGCCCCGGGCGUUCUCCCCUCGACACCUGGUGUGUCAACGGCAGCACCCUUCUCCAGCGCCGCUACAACGGUUCCGUUGAGUUCAACAGGAAAUUCUCUGAGUACGUCCACGGCUUUGGCGACGCAGCUGCUGAAUACUGGCUAGGUCUCGAGUCCAUGCACCAACUCACCGCCGACAACUGUUCCUCUAUGCGUAUCGACAUGACAGAUAUUUACGGUGGAUACUGGUACGCUCAGUACGAGCACUUCUCCGUCGGCAGCGCUGACACCGGAUACGUUCUGGACGUGAGCGGGUUUAAGGGCAACGCCAGCGAUGCUUUCGAAUACCAAAACCACAUGGAGUUCUCUGCCAUAGAUCGGGAUCGUGACAUUUCCAACACCCACUGCGCUGGCAACUACGAGGGUGGAUGGUGGUUCUCUCACUGCCAACAUGUGAAUAUCAACGGCAAGUACACGCUUGGGCUCACGUGGUUUGACUCCGCUCGGAACGAAUGGAUUGCGGUCGCCACCAGUGAGAUGCGCAUGUAUCGCCGACACGGCUGCUCCUAA